GAACUCUCCAGUUUCGCCCCGAACGAUAAAACGCCGCAAGGGGGGGUGUUGGGGGAUUUGGCCCUGUCCUCCGCGCGAUUCAGCCCAGCGAACGCUGGCCUGAAGUCGGAGACAGUCUCUUCGAUUCCCCCCGUCCCCGGUGGAAUUGGAGCUGCGAUGGAGGAGCAGUUCAUCCUCCGCGUGCCGCCGUCCGUGGCGGAGCGGAUCGAGCGCCUCAUGAACGAAUCCGCCGCCUCCUCCUCCAACCCUGACGACGCCUCCCUCGACCUCUCCUUCUCAGAGGAUGGAAGAAAUGGUACAUUUAUGAUUGACAAUGAAAGGUUUCCUGCAUCUCUCUUGGAUUUACCUGCGGUGGUGGAGUCAUACAAGACUUAUGAUGACUCUGUACUAAUUAAAACUGCUGAUAUUGGUCAGAUGAUUAUGGUAAGAGAAGAAAAUGACCCUGCUCCAGAGGGAGUUGAAUACAAGCAUGGGCUUACUCCUCCAAUGAGGGAUGCACGCAGACGCCGUUUCCGCAGAGAACCAGACUUGAAUGCAGAGCUGGUUAACCAAGUUGAGAAGCAUCUCAUCAAUAUUAUGCAUGGAGUAUCUGUCAACCAGAAUGCCAGUGUAAUAGGAGGUGAGGAAGGUGGUGAGCGUAAGAAACCUCCAGUAGCCCGUGCACCCAAGCAGCCUGAUGUUCAAGAGCCAGCUGCAAAUGGCGAGGAAGCUGAACCUGAGAGAAGCGACUCGGAAGAGUCUGAUAACUGAAGUGGACCUGAAUAGUGCAGCAGCAGUGGCCCAAAUGACCCAGGUUAAACUUUGCAUUUUAAAUCAGAGUGUAUAUCUGUAACAAUGAUGGCUGUUGUCUAAUGUAUGCUGUGGACUAUUAUCAUAAAAAAUUUCUUAGACUUCAGCAUGUUGUUUACUAUUGUAGUGCCAGAUGCAGCUGUGUGCUUGAGUGGACUCAUUCGCACGCAGGACGUACUGUUCCUACUAGGCCAGGUAGUAGCAGUUUCCGUCUGAUAUUUAUCAUAAGAUUACUUGUUGAUAGGAACCCCCUCCACCUCUUUAUACAGAAGGUUAUAUAUUGGGAUUUAUAAAUACCGUAAGACAGUUGAAAGAAAACAUUAGGACUGCAUCUGUCCUUUGUUCAA